AUGGUAUGGAAGUGUGCAAAUAAGAUUCUUCCAACUAGAGAUAACCUCUUCAGAAAAAAUAUUUUGAAGGACAAUACCUGCCCUGUUUGCUUGAGUGAACCCGAAAUUGCGGUGCAUGUGUGCUGGGGGUGUUGUGCUGCAGCAGAUGUGUGGGGUGGGAUUUCUGUGUUCAGGAAAUGGAGAAGAGACUUCUAUGAUUUUCAGGCCCUGUGGGAGGAGAUGGGAACGAAACUAAAACAGGAGGAGCUAGAGCUGGCUGCUACUAUCAUACAUAGUAUCUGGUUGAGGAGAAAUGAAAUGGUUUUCAAUGGUAAUUUUCAGUCUCCAAAUGCAGUCAUAGCUAAGGCACAAGCUGAUUACUCUGUGUAUAGGGAGGUGCAGGAAGGAGUUCCAGGGGCAGCAGCUAGAAUUCAUAUUAGUGACUCCAGGCAGGUUUGGAAUCCUCCUGUAUGGCCUUGGUACAAGGCAAAUUUUGAUGCAGGUUUUGAUAGAGAUAGGGGAAGAAUGGGGAUAGGGGUGGUUGUAAGGGAUUCGGAGGGGGCUUUGAUUGGGAGUCUGGUUGCACCAAAGAGGAAUGUCACCUCGGCUUUCCAAGCAGAGUGUCAUGCUCUUCAUAGAGCAAUGGUCUUCUGUACUGAACUGGGUUUGAUGCAUGUAUGUUUCGAAGGGGAUGCAAAAGCUGUAGUUGAUGCUGUAAAUUCAGAAACAGAAGACAACUCUUGGGAUGGCCAGCUAAUUGAAGACAUUCGACAGCUUAAGGCAGCCUAUCCUGUGUGGAAACUGGUUUUUGUCCGAAGAUCUGUAAAUGCUAGUGCUCAUGUAGCAGCUAAGUUAGCAGUAAAUUUUUCUUGUGAAAGUGUAUGGCUGGAGGAUGGUCCAAGUGAGAUUAGAAGAUCCAUUAUGGAUGAGUUAGUGUGUAACGAACUAAUUCAAUCUUAG